AUGCGAGUUAUCGCUGCUCCUUGUUCUUGUGUUGGAUGCAUCCGCGCAAAAACCCGCUGCACUUGGCCCCUUGCAGGCCCGACGUGCUGCGUCAGGUGCAGCGAACGCGGGCUGGAAUGCGAGCACGAUGGCGUACAGCAGAUGAGCAGUGAUUCAUCAGCGGAGGAUAUGCCUAUAGACUUUUUAAACCUCGUUACCGAUCAUGAGUUGGCUUCAAGCACUUCUGCACUACAACCGGCCGAGUGGGCAGUAGAGCCUAACCUACUUCGAAGCCUGGACCUUUCGGGCCAGUUUCGCGAUUAUGGUAGUUUCACGCCUGUUGAUCGAUUCAACACGUCAUCUGUCAUGCCAGGGACCCAGCUAGUCAACUCCGGUCCUUUCAGUCUCCGGAUUACAACAGGAAGUGGUCAGAUCCUUGUACCGUUACUUUUACGGAUAUUACAGUCAUACCCCUUUAUGCUAUUGAGAAAGGAAACAUUUCCACCGUUUAUGAAUCCUUUGCUCUACUCAUGGGCCGAAUCGGGGAAAACCCCUUCGCAGCAGACCUUGAUCAACUGCGUGAGCAUAGUGCACAUGUUCAAAGCUCAGCGAGAGGCAAACAAAAGUUUUAUGUGGACAGUUAUCAAACUUGAGCAGGAGAGAAUAGCAGCAGGAGUCAGUCUUUCCAUUGCCAUUUUCGAUGCACCAAUAACAUACUACUAG